AUGAGUCUCUUAACCUGGAAUUGCCGGGGGCUUGGCAACCCGACGGCAGUUCGUGUUCUUGCGGACUUGAUUCGCACUAAGAGGCCGAGUUUGGUUUUUCUGAUGGAGACUUUUCUGGUUCGAGGCAAAAUGGAACCGAUUCGCAGGCAGUUAGGUUUUCCUAAUAUGCUUGUGGUUGAUGCUCAGGGUCAUAGGGGUGGUCUGGCACUCUUAUGGACUGACAGUAUGGAUGUAGAGGUAACGAUUUUUUCACAUAAUCACAUCGAUGCUACUGUGACAGUUGAUGUAGGUAGUCUAGUAUGGCGGUUUACAGGAUUCUAUGGGUUCCCUGAGAGGGCCCGUAGACGCGACUCAUGGAAUUUCCUCCGUAAUCUUGCGGGUUUAAGCUCCAUUCCAUGGGUGGUGAUGGGAGACUUCAAUGACUUAUUACAUCAGCAUGAGAAGCGUGGUAGAGCACCUCAUCUGGACUGGCUUCUUACGGGCUUUCAAGAGGCUGUUGCAGAUUGUGGACUGGUGGACUUUCCUUUUUCGGGCCACCAAUUUACCUGGGAACGCUCUCGAGGUUCGGCUGCAAUGGUGGAGGAGAAACUAGAUAGGAUUCUAGUUACAGACACUUGGCUAACUUUGUUUGACGGCGCCACGGCUACUUCUGUGUCGUGUCCGUAUAGUGACCACUUGCCCUUACUGUUAAUGCCAAUAAUAGUAGCACAUCCCCCUCGACGAAAGCGCUUCUGCUUUGACAAUAUGUGGCUAUGGGAAGAGGUUUGUCGAGAGAUUGUUCAGCACAGUUGGUCGAAAACAGUUGGUUUGAGUGUUAUGGAUAGAGUUGAGUUAUUGGAAACAAAGGGCAAAAGAGCACUGGUGGAGGGAUGGAGGAGGAGGAAUAAGCUUUGUAAAUUGCAAAAUGAGGCAGGUGUGUGGAUUGAGGACUCAGAUGAAAUAUGUGGUAUCAUGGUUGAUUAUUUUUCCACUUUAUUCAAAGCUGACAGUGGGGAUAUGGACGAGGUACUCUCCUGCAUUAAUUCUUAUGUGAAGCCUGCGGAUAAUGAGAUGCUAAUCAGGCCAGUCAGUAUGGAGGAGGUUAAAGCAGCUGUGUUUCAAAUGCAUCCUGAUAAGUCGCCGGGGCCUGAUGGGUUUGGACCGGGAUUUUAUCAACAGUUUUGGGAUGUGGUAGGGGGUGACGUAACUUAUUUUGCAAACACGCAAAGUGCUUUUGUGCCGGGUCGUUUAAUAACGGAUAAUAUUAUGUUAGCAUAUGAGGCUCACCAUUUUCUGAAGCGUAAAACUCAGGGGAAGGUGGGUGUCGCUGCUCUGAAAGUUGACAUGAGUAAGGCAGAUCGGAAUGCAGUGGUUCACACGUUGGGUGUCGCUCAAGGUGACACUACGGGCAAGUAUUUGGGCUUGCCUUCUUUGGUGGGCAGGAAUAAGAAAGCAAUUCUAGGCUAUCUGAAAGACAAGAUACUUAAUCGCAUUCGUAGUUGGAAUUCAAGGUUCCUAUCUCGUGCAGGCCGGGAGGUGUUGUUGAAGAAUGUUUUACAGACAGGUAGGGUUGGUGAUGGCAAGGGCAUGAGGUGGAAAUCUUGGUCGAACUUAUGUAAACCUAAAGAGGCAGGUGGUAUGGGGUUUAGGAAGUUACGAGAGAUGAACUUGGCCCUCCUAGGGAAACAGGGUCUAACCCUUCAUUCAUUUGGCGUGGGAUUGUGGAAGCUAGGAGUGUGGUUGAGAAAGGCUGUAGGAGGUGUAUCGGGUUCGGGCUGGGAUGUGGAAUGUGUUAGAGAUAUUUUUAAUGAAAGGGUUGCCACCAUUAUCCUGAAUAUUCCUGUACCUAUACGCAAGCCGGCAGACACAUGGGCUUGGAGUGGAGAAUCAAGAGGUGGAGGAAUCUGCUUAUCAUCUGUUCGUGCAGUGUCCUUAGGUGGCAGCAAUAUGGUCUCAGAUGGGGCUGCCGGCGGUGACGCAUGUUCAAGCAGAAACGAAAAGGUGUGGAAUGGUUCACCGUUUACUAGCCAUAUGGUUACCAAUUUCGCCAUUUCAUACUUGUCAAAUUGGAGAGAUGCGCAGGACACGAGCCAGGGGAAAAAUGAUGAAUUCACUCAAGGGGUUCGUUGGAAGAUGCCGUCGCCCGGUCGAAUAAAGCUUAAUACCGAUGCUGCUUUCGACCAAGGUAGCAAUACUAUGGGUUUGGGCUGGGUUUUACGAGACGAUUGCGGACGUUUUUGGCGGCUAAAGGAAUGUGUGUUAUGGGCAAUUAUGAGGUUAAGGAAGCUGAGGCAGUAUGUAUUAGAGAAGCACUUACCUGGCUGA